AAGCGAAUGUUUGGAUCAAGCGGUCCUGGUUUCGAGGUACUGGUCGCAAUGCAGCGGAGUCACGAGCAGAAUCAGCAUGAGCGACGGAUCCGCGAGCGGAAAAAUCAAGCGCAGGGCGAGCAACGUCAGCUGCACGGGGACAUGAUCGAACAUACGAGUAACCUUUUCAUGGAUGUUGUCGGAGGACGCUGUGCUGGGGAGGCGAACGGCGCUCGAGGCCCACGAGGAGAAGAAGAGGCUACAGCAGGAGCAACAUACCAAGCGGAAUGCUGUCCUCAAGACACAGGCAACGCUGACUUUGUCGGCGGCUACAAAGGCCCCGCUUCGUCCCAGGAGACAGAUUACGGUGAUAUCGAUCUCAACGCGGCCCUUGAUAUCCUUAUGAGGAUGGAGCGCGGUCAGAGGACUUGA